AUAGUUACGUCAUAAAUAAUGCAUACGUCAAUUUCAUGCCACCUUUACCUGCUGUACAAGACAUUCAAGCUAGCUAGCUGUUUUAAAGUAGGCUCUAUUUUGGCUGUUUUAUAUCAAAAUGAUGAUAAUUUUCCGUUCGCGUUGAUAUAUACAGAUUAAUGUUGAACUUUCGAAGGUAUUUCACCACAGAGACAUCAACAUAUUUUGUUCCUCAAUGAAGUUUCCAUUGAUUGAAACACCGGAAAUGAACGACUCAAAUGUUCGGUCUAACUCAGGGACCCCAACCAGAAAUGGUCGCCAGUCGUCACUAGGUGGGGCAAAUGGGCGACGAGGCAAAGGGGAGUCGAUUGCUCAAGCGGUAGCUGCUAUGACGUCAUCAAGCGAGAAACUUGAUUCACCAAAUCGUUACGCAACAAUGAGGAAAGUCGCAGAAGAACAAAGAAGGAGAGUUCGUGAAAACAGAGAGCGCCAAAUAGAGGAGGAUCGGCUCGCGAUCGCAACCAGGAGACAAGAGGAACAAAAAGCUCAGAUAAGAUCAGUGUUGGAUGGUUUGCUUGUCGAUGUGAGAAAAGAUAUUUUACUUUUGCUGCAAGAGAGGAUCAACUCCGAGAGAAAGGAUAUUAAAGCUGAGAUGAAGAGCGACCUCCAGCGGGCGGAAACUGGACUAGUUGAAGAAGUGGAGAAGAGAGUUACUAACGGGGAACCUUUCGAUGUAAGGGUGGCUCGGGUUCAGAAAGAAUUUGAAGCCAGUUUUAAUAAAAUUCUCAACACCGAGUUAAGCAGGGUCCAGAGAGAGAUUCUGUCGGACAUCGACGGAAAAAUUGAUUCCGAAAAACGAAAAUGGGAAGAAAGUUUUAAACGCGAGGCAGACAGACGCAUAAGGGCCGCGGAAGACGCGAUCAGAACCGAUUUCCGCGUCGGUCUCGAAGACUCUCAGAAACAAUGUGGAGAUAUUUUGUCCAGCAUGCAGGAGCGAACGGGGAGCCUUGAACAGAAACUAGUGGCCAAGAUGGCGGCCGUUGAAGCGGUCGCUUCGGCAAAAAUUGCGGAAUCGGAGCGGACGACUCGGCAAAUGAUCGGACAGAAAAUGGACGAAAGAGACUCGAAUUUAAAACAGGAGUUUAAAGAAGAAUCCGAGGUUUUGAGGCAAGAUAUUUCUCAAAUGAAAGUGGAAGUGACGACACUACAAUCGAAGUGUUGCGUCAUACUGUAACUAUGACGGCACAAUAAACUUCUGGUUUAUUGCUUGAAUAUUUUCGCUGUUUACCAGCAGUUGAUUAUUUGAUCAUAAAAUAAACAAUUGACGCAUUCAAUGACGUCACACAAGAUAUUUUACGUCGCUGUUUUCUGACGCUUUUUUUAUUGUUUUAAUUCAAAUGCUUCGCUAUUGUGAUUGUGACGCGCAAUUACGUUGAUAUGAACCACGGAAAUGCAUAAAUUACAAAAUU